GUUCUGCAACAGUUGCCUCCAAACCGUGCUCCCGGCCCGGAUGGCUUGACCUAUGAACUGUAUCGGGUGGAUGAUGACACCUUGCGCCGUGCACUCCUUUCCAUCUUUGAGCUUGUGCGUCACUGGGCUGUGGUAUUUGAGAGGUUGCUUCCCAGGCGACUUCUCCCGCAUGUGAACCCCCGGAUUGAUGAGAGCCAAGCUGGCUUCAGGCUGAACUGCAACGUGCGCUUGACGCAAUUGGAGCUUGGGGAGCCCGUUGGCGGCUCCGUUGUGCCAGUAGUUUCUGAGUAUCGUUACUUGGGAGUCGUUCUUCAAGCAUCCAAGAAAUGGUCUAAGCAGACCGACAGGCUGCUUAGCAAGAGCACCCGCAAAUUCUACCAAUGCGUGGCUUGGGCAGAAGGCCGCGGCCUUCACACAAGCUUCCGCCGAAGCUUGUUCCAUUCCUAUGUGCUGCCUUCGUUGACGCAUGGUGCAGCUUUCCUGGAUGAUGCGUCUGUGCGACGCUUGGAGAAGCAUGUGUGCCAGUUGGGGCGUCGCCUUCUCAACUGGCCAGCACGCUCGCCAGGCGCAGCCGUUCUCGGUGAACUUGGCUGGGACCCGUUCGCAGUGCAAGUCCUCCGUGUGCAAGCAAGUUUAUUUGGACGCCUUUGCUCGGCACGUGUUUUUCGUUAUGCUGUUGGCAUUCAGAGCUCCCUUGCAGCUCGAUUUUCUCUUGCUUUGAGGUCUGCAGGUGUGACGUUGCAGGCUGAGUUCGGUUUAGGCCCGGGUAGUGACGUGUCCAUUUUGCAGCGCUGGCGACACCGUUGUGUGCGCCCAGCUCUUGAUGGAGUUGGCUUGCGGCUGCGCCGGGCUGAGGCAUUGCAAGUUGCUUCGCUCGCCACUUUCCUUCAAUGUCAUCCGAACUUGGAUUUCUCACCUUGCAUCCAUGCAUCUCGCUUGCCAUCCUCGGUAGUGCGGGAAUGGACACUAGCUAGGUGUGGUCACCAUCCCUUCUUGGAUGGUCGUGUCGCCCGCCAUCGCAACUUGGAUCACCCAUGUCUCUGUGGGUCUGCCGAUUGGAGCCUCAUCCAUGCUCUUCGUACUUGCCCUCUGUUUCUGCACCUGAGGCGCACAUGGUUACAACGCUUGCAGUCUCGUCACUACGACGUGGACUUGCUGUCUGAUGACAGUCUCUUGCGGUUCAUCUUUGCACCGCGUGGGAUGGGCAAUACGCGUUCGUCCGUGCAUGCUCAUGUGCUUUUCGUUGCUGGCAUUUGUCAAGCGCAACGAUCCUUGCUUGAGGGCUUAGGGCUCUGA